UGCGCCGAUCUCUCCAAUCGCGACCCUUUGCAAAAGCGUACAUUGCCUUCUCUCAAAUCUCACUUUCUCUCUCGCAGUAGCAAAAAAAAAAAAACGCAGUUUCUGCCUCUCUAUUACCAUUUAAUUGAUCACGUUUACAAAGUGGGGCAUAUUGUUCAAAAUAUGGGUGUCCGUGCACGCAGACGACUGAAACGCAGAGCACAACGGGGUUUCUAUUUUUUCUCCGAGAUAUAAAGGCACUCAUGUGUGCUCCGCAGGGCGGUAAUUAUUUUUUCAUGGGGUUUGUAUUGCAUUGCUAUGACGCUGCUGUACGUUGCUCACCGGCACUAACGCGCAACACGUACAGCGAGGAUUAGAACGCAGAUUUAACAAUGGAGCUCGCGGAGAUAUGUACACAUCUGCAGUAGAUCUCGAGGGCUCAAAAUAAUGUAGCACCCUAGCCCGGACCAGUUGCAUUCGAACUGCGGACCUCUGUGUACCUUAGUGGACUAACUAAACCCCUCGGGAUCAUAUCAAACUUCUUUGUUGGAGUUUUCUUUCUCAGGAUAUUGCUAAGCGACGAAGCCAUCAUGCUGAAAUCAAAGAAGAAAGUGGAAGAGCGGUCCAAUACCGUGCCAGACGAACUUAUGAUGAGUAAAAGAAGAGAAUAUAAGAAUGUCAUGCAGAAGGUCGUGGGGCGCCAGGGCAGCACGAAAGGAGGGCGCUCUUCAUCACCAGACCGCAAACAACGCCAGCGGCAGAUGUUGCAAGAAAUCCGCCAAAAUAUCUCCGAGGUUCGCUUUGAGACGGGCGAAGCGAUUGGGGCGAUGGGCACCGACAUGAAUCGAAUGGGUAAGAGGUUGAGCCGCUCAAGCACGACAGAGGCCGAUGAUGAGCCGAACCUUCCCGGCGACUACGGCGCAACGGACACUUUGCGCAUGAUGAAGCAGCUGAUAAUCGAUCAGCGGGAUAAAGAAGAGAGGGAAUCGACCGCGAAGGCGGCAUGUUCGACGCCCAAACCGCCGGCCGACAAAGUUGCUAAAUGCAGGCCGGCCUCUACGACCACUACCGCUGAGAUCGCUCCAUGUACCAGCAGAACCAGCAACGUCGUCGCAGCCGACAGCGACGAUAUCGUAGUAGAAGAGAGAUAAACUUCGCAACCUAGGCUUGAGUCGCGGCUCUUCCAUGACGACGGCGGCAAGUUAAUGAAUACCUUUACUCUUUUCGCGUUUCUUACAGAGACGAUUGUGAAAACAGUCAACGAUUUGAUACGAGUGGGACUGUAAUAACGCGACAUCGUGCUUGCUAUGUUUACCCAUAUGCUUAUGGAAGCAUACGGCGAAGGGUCAUAGAUUACCUAUAACAUGCAGGCGGAACGAAGCACAUGUUCAUUUUAAUAGCGAACAAAUAGCCUGUGUAAGGGUUUAAAGGACUAGUCGCGUACCACCAAUAAUGGUAACGAUCAAACAAAAAACCUGGUCCAUGCAGAAUUGAGUCUCUAUGUUACACAUGUUUAUGAGCAUAUUACCGCCACCAUUUGCUUGGAUCCAAUACAAUCUCUACAUAGAUGAUUAUAAUAAUUACAUAUAUGGCGAUAUGUGGCCACGUUUUCAAGGUUCACUAAGUCAAAAGACUAUCGUUUACGAAACAUAAUAUUAUCACCAAUUUACUGAAUCUGGUACAGAAUUUAAGAACAAGUAUUGUCACGUUCACAGCUUUAAUAUACUACCCAUAACUAGGUAUAGGGCCAACUUAAAGUGAAAUCAGAUAUAUUUAUUCCAAUGUAUUCAUAUGUAAUAAAUUCCAUAUUGGAACUGUUGUAUCGUAUUCCAUUGAAGGAGUACAAAUUAUGCAAUGCCUUAUUUUAUUUUCAUGCACAAUAUAGUUUACUAUAUAUUAUCCGAUAGAUUUCUUACCGCCUGGACGUACAUACUGUUUGUGAAAACGUUGUACUGCAGUCUAACCGAUUCGUACAUGAGUCAAGGAAUUAGGUUUAUUUCUUUGCCACGUUUGACGGACAUUACGGAUAUACCUCUUGGAAAGUAAAUUCGUUGCCAUUAGAGCUUUGGAGCAACUGUUUGGAAACUACCAUAUUUUUUUCUAUGAAAACGAGGAGGCAGAAAUAGUAUACAAAUUUACACUGUCUUGAGAGGUUCCGGUUAAAACUAUGCGCAAUAGGUGACUCCAAUAGCACUAUUGGCACCGAGGCCAAUAGUUUUAACCAAUACCUCGAAAAGAAAGCAUGAUAUAUUUUAUUUUAUAUCCUGCAACAAAAAUUUAUUUACAAAAGAAAAAAAGAAUUAGAACUAUUAAAACAA